GUGGAACUGGAAGUUAGUAGUAAAAUGGUUUGUGUUUGAAGAACACGUGUCUCUUCAAUUAUUAUCACAAUUAAAUAGCAGAAAAUACGUCUAAUUUUAUAUUAACAAUGGAUCAAAAAAUAUUCCCUGUAGUCUCAUGUAAUCCAAAUAAUUUCUUCUUUAAUAUCAAUCAAAACGAGAAUCAAGAUUCUGAAUUUGAUUUGCUUAUUAAGGAAAAAUGGGAAAAGGCUCAAAGUGAAAAUCUUUUCCGGUACAAAUUAGAUAUUCAGCAGUGGAAGUUACUUGAUGGCCAAUAUAAAUUUUUAACUCAGUUAAAUGUUAAUAGAUCUGAAAAUCGUCGAACACCAGAAGAAAUAACUUCAAUGUCACAACCAUUUAAUACUGAACGGUUUCACUUCAAUAAAAUAUCAAAUGAAGAAAUUCUAUUUGACAUUGAAUGUGGAGAUGGAAACAAUGUAAUUGCAAUUAAUAUUAGUCCAAUUGAACGCUAUCACUGUUUAUUUAUACCUCAACGAUUGGAAAAUUUACCACAAAUAGCGACAAAGAAGAGUGUUGAAAAUAUUUUGGAAUUAAUAAUGAUGAGUAAAUCAAAAAACAUAAGAGCAAUUUUCAAUAGUUUAGGAGCUUUUGCUUCAGUUAAUCAUCUACAUUGGCAUUUAUAUUACUUGGAACAUCGAAUGCCUCUUGAAAAUAUUGUACUGCAAAAUAUUGAUGGAUCUCCCGUUCACUUGCUAGUUGACUUUCCAACUAAAGGAUUCUGCGUUACGUUUUCAUCCCUUAAAAAUAAAACAACAAAUAAUUUAACAAACUGGGUUUUUUUAAUUAUCAAUUAUUUGCAAAAUAAUAAUAUCGCUCACAAUGUGUUCAUCACACGAGGAAAUACCACUCACUCGGAACAAAAUUUCGAUGAUAUUCGUGUUUAUAUUUGGGCAAGAAAACACGAUUAUGGCAUUAAAAAUACCAGAGCUUUUUAUCCCGCUGUUUGCGAACUAUUUGGACAUUUAUCAAUUCGAAAUCCAGAAGAUUAUGAUUCACUGACAGAAAUGCAAGUAGUCGAAAUUAUGAAAGAUGUUACUGAAGAACCUUUUUAUUCGGUGAAGGAAAAAAUCAUUGAAAUUGUCCAACAGCAAUUAUUGCUUGAAAAUAAAAAUGUCGAUAAUAUAUAACGAAAGUAUUAGGUAAUUUUCUAAAUUGAAAACUGUAUAAAUUAUUUUAGAUAAAAAAAAAUUACGCGGAAAAAUUGACUGUUUCGGUGUAUGGUUUUACAUCCAUUCAAAAAAUGCAAAAAAAAUGCGUAUUUGGCGUAUUGAAACGUAAGUUGAUUGAAAACUAGAGCCAAUCCAAUAUUUUCAAGGUCAAAUUCGGAUUCUACGGACAAAAUCCUAUAACAAUCGGCUAUAACAUUUUAGUCAACAUGCAAUUAAUAAAAUUUUGUCGGCCUGUAUAAUAUAUGUAUAUAUAAAUUAUUUUGGAAUAAUAAAAAAAGUUCACAAA